GAUGGUCCCAUCCACCACCACUGCCAUUUUGGUUAAAUGAUUGGGAUUUCUGGAUCUCCUCUUCCUCUGUAGCAGCACUAUGGCAUUACACUCAACUAGCCUGAACUGGGUUCCGUACCAGCUCCUUUUUCUCCUGACAGCUGAAAUUUGCUGUUGGUUGCCAUCAUUUUCUCAACGUCUGGAGCCUCUACCGACGGAGUAUGCCCACUCUAUCCGAAUAGAUGGCGACAUCAUCCUAGGCGGCCUAUUCCCUGUGCAUUCCCGUGGUGAGCGAGGAGUGCCCUGCGGAGAGCUGAAGAAGGAAAAGGGCAUCCAUCGACUGGAAGCCAUGCUCUUUGCCAUAGACCUAAUUAACAAGGAUCCAGAACUGCUGCCUAACGUGACCCUUGGUGCUCGAAUUCUGGACACCUGCUCCCGGGACACAUAUGCCCUCGAGCAGUCACUCACCUUUGUCCAAGCACUCAUCGAGCGUGAUGGUUCGGAUGUACGCUGCGCAAAUGGUGACCCCCCUGUCUUUGCCAAGCCUGACAAGAUCGUUGGAGUGAUUGGAGCAUCUGCCAGCUCUGUCUCCAUCAUGGUGGCGAAUAUCUUGCGCCUAUUCAAGAUUCCUCAGAUCAGCUAUGCAUCCACAGCUCCAGAGCUGAGUGAUAACACCCGAUAUGACUUCUUCUCCCGCGUGGUGCCGCCAGACUCCUACCAGGCACAGGCCAUGUUGGACAUCGUCACAGCCAUGGGGUGGAACUAUGUGUCCACUGUGGCCUCCGAGGGCAACUACGGCGAGAGCGGAGUGGAGGCUUUCGUUCAGAUCUCCAGAGAAAUGGGCGGAGUGUGUAUCGCUCAGUCUCUAAAGAUCCCACGGGAACCAUGGCCUGGGGAAUUUGACAAGAUCAUCAUGCGGUUGCUGGAGACCCCCAACGCUCGGGCAAUCAUCAUGUUUGCGAAUGAGGAUGACAUCAGACGAGUCCUAGAUGCUGCCAAAAGGAACAACCAGACUGGGCACUUCCUGUGGGUUGGGUCAGACAGUUGGGGCUCCAAGAUCUCUCCAGUGAUCCAGCAGGAGCAGGUGGCUGUGGGAGCAAUCACCAUCUUGCCAAAACGGGCUUCAGUAGAUGCCUUUGACCGUUACUUCCGGAGCCGCUCACUUUCCAAUAACAGGAGAAAUGUGUGGUUUGCUGAAUUCUGGGAGGGAAACUUCAACUGCAAAUUGGGCAUGCAUGGCAAGCAUCCGGGAAGCUUCAAAAAGUGCACAGGACUGGAGAAGGUGGGACGUGACUCCAAUUAUGAGCAGGAGGGAAAGGUUCAGUUUGUCAUGGAUGCUGUGUAUGCUAUGGCCCACGCUCUCCACAGCAUGCACCGGCACCUGUGCUAUGGCUACCCAGGCCUUUGUCCCCGCAUGAGCAACAUCAAUGGCAAAGAGCUGUUGGAGCACAUUCGCAAAGUCAAGUUCAAUGGAAGUGCAGGGACUCCAGUUUCCUUCAAUCAAAAUGGCGACGCACCUGGACGCUAUGACAUCUUCCAGUAUCAGAUAAGCCAGAGUUCAGUGGCAGAGUAUAAAGUGAUUGGGAGCUGGACAAAUAAGCUAUACCUAGAUGUGGAUGCCAUGCACUGGAGGACUGGUGAUCCCACACUACCGGCAUCUGUGUGCAGCAUGCCGUGCCGGAUGGGUGAAAGGAAGAAGACUGUAAAGGGCGUCCCGUGUUGCUGGCAUUGUGAGCGCUGCGAGGGUUACCACUACCAAGCGAGCGAGUUCACCUGUGACAUGUGUCCAUAUGAACAGCGUCCUGACCGUAACCGUACUGGCUGCCAGCCUAUUCCAAUCAUCAAGUUGGAGUGGUAUUCACCAUGGGCAUCUGUACCUGUCUUCAUCUCUGUACUGGGCAUCCUGGCCACCAGUUUUGUGGUGUUCACCUUCAUGCGCCACAACGACACGCCCAUUGUGCGGGCAUCGGGACGUGAGAUGAGCUAUGUGCUAUUGACAGGCAUCUUCUUGUGCUAUGCUAUUACCUUUCUGAUGAUUGCUACACCAACUGUUGCUGUCUGUUCCCUUAGACGCAUAUUCCUAGGCCUGGGCAUGUGCUUCAGUCAUGCGGCACUGCUCACCAAGACCAACCGGAUCCACCGUAUCUUCGAGCAGGGCAAGAAAUCUGUUGCGGCCCCACGCUUCAUCAGUCCUGCCUCACAGCUGGCAAUCACCUUUAGUCUAAUCUCUGUGCAGCUAUUUGGUGUGUUUGUGUGGUUUGCUGUUGACCCGCCUCACACUGUGGUGGACUAUGGGGAGCAGCGCACUGCUGACCCAGACAAGGCACGGGGUGUGCUCAAGUGUGACAUUUCAGACCUUUCUCUCAUUUGCUCAUUGGGCUACAGCAUCCUUCUAAUGGUUACAUGCACUGUUUAUGCCAUCAAGACUCGUGGGGUGCCAGAGACCUUCAACGAGGCCAAGCCUAUUGGAUUUACAAUGUACACAACCUGUAUCAUCUGGUUAGCUUUUAUACCCAUCUUCUUUGGAACAGCACAAUCAGCAGAGAGGAUGUACAUCCAGACCUCCACCCUCACAAUUUCUCUGAGCCUAAGCGCUUCUGUAUCACUGGGGAUGCUUUACAUGCCGAAAGUCUAUAUCAUCAUCUUCCACCCGGAGCAGAAUGUGCCAAAGCGCAAGCGCAGCUUCAAGGCCAUUGUCACUGCAGCCACCAUGACGGGUAAGCUGACUCAGAAAGGAGGUGAUCGCCCCAACGGAGAGGUCAAGACAGAGCUCUGCGAAAGCAUGGAGACCAACACAGCACCCUCGACCAAGACGACAUAUGUCAGCUAUACCAAUCAUGCAAUCUGAGAUGGGAGUGCCUCCAUGUAGGGGCGAAGCCUCUCCAAGUCAUGACGUGUCAUGUGAUUCUGACAGGCUACUGAGCAUGAGACUUCCUGUCAUUCUGCAUUAAACUUAAACCUGUGAGAGAAUGGGAACACUGUAUUACACCAGUGGGGGUAUAACGCUGCAAUCCAGUGUUAUCACUACUGUCUUACACACACAAACACACACAUACACACACACACAAACACACACACAAACACACACACACACAGUAAAGCACAGACACAAUCAUAGAAAAAGGAGCAAACGGAGAUGAAGGUUUGCAGUUGUGGCAAAUAAAAAAAAAAUGUAAACAUAAGCAUCCCAAUGAAAACAGUGUAAAAAGAGAUGUGAAACUGGUAUUGAAACUUCUGAAAUGUGAACAUAAAAAAAGAUGAGAUAUAUGAAAUAUACCAGAGUUGACCAUGUUUGCUGUAAUUCCUAUUGUAUGUAUUUUUUGUGGAUGUGCUAUUUUAUUUUUUUUUUUUAAAUCUUGUUCUACGUUGUCCGGAACCUGCAUAACAAGA